AUGGAAGUUCAUCGUUGUCGAUUCGUUGAAUAUCAACCAGCCUCUAUCAAUGCACUUGAUUUCACACCUGCCACCGUGAAAAACACUCGACUCGCUGUGGGCCGUGCUAAUGGCAACAUUGAGAUUUGGGAUCCCACUCACAACUAUCGCCUCGAAAAGACGUUGCCUGGUGGUGAAGAUCUCUCUGUGGAGAGUGUUGCCUGGGCACAUCAGAAUGUCAUUGCGAAUCCAGAUCCAGAAGACGAGCCUGAGGAACUCGCUCAAGAAUUGGAAUUACUUUUACGAAAGCCUCCUCGUCUGUUUUCGUCUGGAUUGAACCCGUUCAUCAUUGAAUGGGAUACCACUACCAUGACAGCAAAGAAAUCAUGCGAUUCCAAUGGUGGUGCUGUGUGGUGUUUGGCUGUCAACAGUAAGGGUACUCGCUUGGCAGCUGGUUGUGAAGAUGGAUGUAUCCGUAUGUUUGACAUUGCUGAUGGCAACUUGGAAUAUAUCCGUAGCUUCGAGCCUCAAAAGGGCCGUGUGCUUUCUGUUGCUUGGGCUCCCAAUGAUGAGUAUAUUGUAUCGGGUGGAUCUGAUUCUGCUAUCCGUACAUGGAAUCCUCUCACAGGCCGCACUAUUCACCGUAUGACUGUUGCAAAGAAUCGCAAAGAACAAACCUUGGUUUGGGCUGUUGCUGCGCUCAAGGGCAACAUGAUUGUAUCUGGUGAUUCCCGUGGUGCUGUCACUUUCUGGGAUAGUAAAAUGGGCACAGUCAAGCAAAGCAUUCGUGCGCAUGGAGCUGAUGUACUCUGUCUUGCUGCCACCAAGGAUGGCAACCAAGUGUUUUCUGCUGGUGUCGAUCGUAAAAUCACCUCUUUCCGUCGCACAACAAAGAAAAAGAACGCCACAGACAAUGUCAAUGACUGGAUCAAUGUUGGAAGCCGUAGAUAUCAUUGGCACGAUAUUCGUGCUCUUGCACUGGACGAGAGGCCCAAGAUCAACUCAAUUGUGUCUGGUGGUGUGGAUGUUGAAUUAGUUGCUUGCCCUGCUGUCGAAUUCCCCAAACUGAUCCAAAACAGAUUACCUCCUUUCCCUCACAAAUACAUUGUCUCCAUGUCAAAAUCGCACAAAUUGAUCAUGUCUGCCUUCUUCAACUCAAUUUCGCUCUGGAGAUUAGGCGAAGCUGCCAAUGUCGAUACCUUAUCCAAGCAUCCUGCGCUUCCAGAAAUGACACAACCUCAUCAACUCGCCUUGGAACUCAAAUUGAAGCCUGAUUGCAACAUUACAUCCAGUGCUUUGUCCGAAGAUGCCAACUGGAUUGCUGUUUCCGAUGUGGAGAAUGUGAGAUUAUUCAGAGUGAAUCAAGGUUCUGAACCGGGUCAAUUGGAAGUCAAGAAGCAAAGAUCUUUUGACAAGGAAUUAAACGCUUAUUUGGGCGCACACAAUGCUGCUCCUGGUGCUCACCACGUCUUGUUCACCCCUGGAUCCGAUAAAUUAAUUAUUGUCACAGUCGAAUCUCGUAUUCUCAUUGUGGAUCUGUCUAGUUGGGAAGAAGGAAAUUUCGAGGUGUUGCGUGAAUUUGGACAUCAUCGUGGUUUGGAUAGUGAUGGCAAUGCAACUGACGAUUAUGCUGUGUCUACCGUUGUCUCUUUGACUGUCAGUUCUGAUGGUCAGUGGCUAGCUACAGGGGAUGAUGAGAACCGCAUCCAUGUGUUCAACUUGGACAACUUGAAGCACCACCUCAAACUCCCUCAGGGAUCUAUCCCUCACACAGCAUUAUCAUUCAACGAUUUCCGACCAAACGAACUGACCGUCGUUCAGGCAACAAAUGCCUUUUAUAUUUAUGAUGUCGAACACAAGAGAUUAACAAGCUGGUCCAGUACACAUCAAGACAUGUCAGAAUCUCGACUUGUAGAGCAAAGAGAUCGUGUUCGUGGUGUCAUGUAUAACCCUGCAAACAAGAACAAGAUGAUUUUAUACGGCAGCACAUACAUGUGUCAAGUCGACAUUCAAGACAAACCCGUUCCCAAGAAGUUGGGUAAAAGAAAGAACAACCACACUGACGUUGCUACUGCCAAAACAGCGGCAGCAUCCAAAUCAGACGACGAAUUACAUAUUGCCAUCUCGUACCAAUAUCAACAAAUCUUGUUUUGUGGAUUUAUUGGUGAAAAUCAAAUGGUGAUGAUUGAAAGACCUAAAUUCAGUGUACUUGAGAAUCUGCCACCUUCGUUCUACAAGGCUCAUUUUGGUGCUUAA